AUGCCUUGCAAGACGAGGAACAUGGACUCGAACGAGCGGAUCACUGCGGCCCACGAGCUGGAAAUGAAGCACCAAAACCACAUCCACAACGCUCGGCUCAUUGUGAAAGAGGAAGAAACCAGACGACAACGGGUAACCAAACAAGUCCUUCUUGACGAGAACUCGAAAUUACGCGAGCAACUUGCCGAGAAGGAGGCCGAGCUCAACCAACUCUCCGUCAAAUUCGACGAGAUACUCGGUGACCUAGAUUCGGUGAAGGCUACAAAUCGAGAUCAGGAGACUCAUUUGAAAGCCCAGAAAAGGGAGUUUGAUCACAUCAAGGCCGAACUUGAAUCCCUCAACAGCCUAUCUCAGGAGUCGACAAAAGUCCUGGCCGAGAAGCUGGCUCUGUCCCGAGAGGUAAACUCCAUCAAGCCCGAGCUGGAACACCUGCGGUCACAAGUCGCCCACCAGCAAAACGCAAUCGCCGAAAAGCUGGAACUUGAGCGUCAGCUCAACAUGGCCGAAAUGGAACUAGCUGCCGAGAAACGAGCACGAGAGCAACAAGCAGCCCAAGCGGAAGGGGACAGAACGACCGAAGACGAGCUGCGGCGAAAACUCAAGGAUGCGGAGAAGAAGUUGACCGCCGAGAGGCGCGAAAAGGAACGAUUGCAGGAAGACCUGGAGGCGGCCGUGUCCGCUGCGAAGGCUGGACAGGAAAACGCAAAGGCCGAUCGCGAUCUGGCCAAGAAGCUCCAGGAGUUGGAGAAGACGCUCUUGGCCGAGAAGCGCGAGAGGGAGAAGUUGCGUAAAGAGAGUGAGAUUUCUCUGUCUGAAGCGCAGGCGCAGAACGAAAUGAUGGAGCAGCGUCUCGACACGGUCAAGUCCAAGUUGCGGAAUACACAGGAAGACCUGAAAGCAGUUCGCGCGGAACUAGUCGCUCGGCCUUUUGCCGUACAAACUGCACAGCCCACGGGACGCGCAGGGGGCGCAAAGGCGCAGGCCGGCCGAAAGCGAAGAGUAGAGGAACUCACCGUCAACGACAUGAGCAUCGGAACCCCAGAAGACAUCACUCGCGGCAGGCGCCCUGCUAAGAAGAAGGGCCUUGAGCAAACUCUUUUGGGCGAGAAGUCGCUGUUCUCCAUUACCCCUUUCUUGGCAAAGUCCAAGACGCUUAAUGUUGAGGACGCAGUUGCCGAAGAGGAUGAAGAGGAGAACGAGGCUGACGUCAGCUAUAUCCCUCUCUCCCAUCAGUCCCAGUCCCAAGCUCAGGAGGACGAGGCUGAAGUAGAAUCGGAGCCGGAGGUCGAAGCUGCGCCGGAAGAGACAGAGGAGGCUGAAGUACCAAAGGAGAAACCCACCAAAGCCACUAAGACCAAGUCGAAAGCCAAGACGGACGGGGAAGCGAAGAAGCCUCGUGGCAGACCCAAGAAGGUGCUGGCAGAGGCGUCCCCGAACAUGCCCGUACAAGCGGCCCCGGCUGCAGCCAGCAAAUCCUCCACCAAGCCGAUCUCGCCGCUCGAGCAGGUGUUGGAGGAAACCGAAACCAACAAGCAGCAGCAGGAGGAGGAGGAGGAGGAGGAGGAGGAAGAGGUAGUGGCGCCUCCCAAGGCUGUCGGCAAGAAGACAGCCGUAUCUGCGACUACCACCGCGGGAGGAGGCGAGCAGGAAACCAAAAAGAAGAAGCGUAAGCUUGGCGGUGAAGCGGCGACUCUGUUCGACGAUGACGAUGGCGAGGCUGCUCCUGCUGCUACCAAGCGGCCCAGCAAGGUUGCCCUAGGUGCCGGAACGGCCCUCGGCAAAACUCAUCUGAGUAUGGUGCGCAACACUGGCGCCUUUGGCAAGAAGACGUUCUCGCCACUCAAGAAGGAGAGGAGAGGAGUUGGCGCGAGCUUUUUGGCCUGA